UCCGUUACAAACAUCUAGAAACCACUGUUAAAGGCUGUGGACUGACGGCUCACCGCAAAAUGAGUGAGUAUUUUAAUGGGACUGUGUUCAUGGAACGUCCGUGGUCAGAGGCAGAGAGGUGGCUGCUGGUGGCUGUGUUGGGACUAGAGAUGGUCAUGGGAGUUGUGGGAAACUGUCUUGUUCUGCUGGUCAAAGUCAUGUGCAGGGGUCAGUUCAGCUGUCGUUAUUGGCUUCCUUUCAUCAGUCUCACCUUGUCAGAUUUAGGCUGCUCCUUCCUCAUCAUCUCCAGCUCCCUGUUUGCCAUGCUGACAAGAGGUCAGAGGUCACCGUGGUGUGAGGUCGUCAGCCUGCUUAAGUUUUCCUUCAUCACCUCCUCCAUAGGGAGCAAAGCUAUCCUCUGUGUGCAACGACUGAUCGGCAAGGCCUCCACAGAAAGUGCUCUCUUUGUUGUCAUAGUGACAGCCUGCUUGGCUUCUUGGGUGACAGGAAUGGUGUUUGGGAGCAUCCCUGUUGUCUACGCCUGGAUCAGGUAUGACCCUGCAGAGAUGCUGUGUGCUGUCUUCUGGGAGAACAGCUACUCAGACAUGUUGGUCUACAUUCUCUGUGCUUUCUCAAUCUGUUUCUUCCUCCCCUUCCUCCUAAUCUUCUUCUGCUCUUUACUAAGUGCCACCAGCUGCUGCUUGAGGUGCAACAGUGAUGAUGUAGCAGAUCUGUCUGCAGUCACUCCUCUGCUGGUGGCCUCCUACAUGCUCUGCUACACUCCCUUUGUUCUGUCUGAGCUGAUCCUGCUGGGCAGGAUGGACCUGUCACCGGCACCUGAUUGGUUAAGGACGCUGUCAUCAGUAAUGUCAUACAUGGACUGUAGUCUAAACCCUCUUAUUUACUGCUCCCAUCAAGACUUCAGAGAGGCGGGCCUGGCCCUGCUGUGGACCAAUAGGAAACCACAAUCAAAGCCUGUCCUCACUUCUAUCACUAAACAUGACGUGUGAACAUAUUCCCCAGAAAUUUCAAGAACCCAACAAUGACACAUCUUAUAAACAGCUGCAUUUAUCUGAGGUCACUAUGUAAUUACUGGCAUGUUUUUUGGAUUUCAGGGGAAUUAAAAGGCCCCUUCUUUGUUUCCUUAUAAUAAACAGCAUAAUAUCUACUCAUUUAUUUUUUCUCUUUUCUCUUUAACAUGCUGAAAGUAGAGUUUUUGAAAUAAGGAUGUCUACAAUAUAUUCUUAAUAUGGAUUGUAUUAAGAGCAUAAUGCCAUUUAUGUAAGGCAAUUACUUACUUAAUACUUAAUUACUUUGUAGUAGGUAAUAAUAAUCACACACUUUAACUGUUUUUUUUCACCAAAUUUUAGUGAAACAUUGAAACCCAAAAUUGAUGUACCAGUUAGAAAGCAAAAUGGUGACAAUACUCUUUGCCUGCGACUUAUGAUGGUCAUCCCUCUGGAACACCCUCCCUGCAGAUAUCCGAAAUGCUACAUCCCUGGACAUUUUCUUAAAAACUCCUGAAACACCACCUGUUUAC